AUGUCACCACACCACGACGCACCUUCCCCUGCAAACAGCUACAGUCAAGAUACCGACUUCCAUCAUCCUGUUCAAUCCGUCUACACGAUGAGCCAAUAUAACAACUUCGACACCAGCUCUAUGGAGUCUACCGAUAUGGGCAUUCGCCGAUCCUUGGUUCCUGGCAUUUAUGUUCCCACCGUAGCGUUCUUCGAACCAACAACGGAUAGCGUAGACGUUGAGACUAUCGCCAGCCACGCUGUUCGUUUAGCCAAAGCUGGUGUUGCCGGCAUUACCACUCAAGGGUCCAAUGGCGAGGCUGUCCAUCUGUCUCACAAGGAACGCGACCUCAUCACAAACACCACUCGCAAAGCUCUCGAUGACGCAGGCUUUGGUUACAUGCCUGUAAUCGUCGGAUGUGGGGCUCAGUCCACCCGGGAAUGUAUCGAACUUUGUGAAGAGGCAGCCUCCGCUGGCGGAGACUAUGCUUUGGUGCUUCCACCAGCGUACUACCAGGGCUUGUUUUCGAAGGACACCGUAAAAGAAUUUUUCCAAGACGUAGCCACUGCUUCGCCCAUUCCAAUCCUCAUCUACAACUACCCUGGUGCGGUUUCUGGGCUCGAUCUCAAUUCGGAUGUCAUCAUUGAGUUAGCUCAACAUCCCAACAUUGUCGGCUGCAAGUUAACCUGUGGCAACACGGGCAAGCUCAACCGCAUUGCAGCAGCAACUAGAGCAGCCACUGUCUCUGAUCCUGGAUCUGGCUUCAUGUGCAUGGGUGGAUCUGUUGACUUCACACUGCAAACAUUGAUUGGAGGCGGCUCUGGCAUCAUUGGUGGCAUGGCCAACAUCGCACCCAAGACAUGUGUCAAGCUUGUGGAAUUAUUCGAGGCUGGAAAGUUUACAGAAGCCCGUAAACUUCAGGCGAUCGUAGCCCGAGGAGAUUGGGCUGCUAUUCAAGGUGGAAUCAUCGGCACCAAGGCCGGCCUCAUGGCCCAUUUUGGAUAUGGCGGAUAUGCCCGCAAGCCCCUACCCCGGCCUUCCAAGGAUGAAGUUUGCAGGUGGCGAGAUGCGUUUGACGAGCUUGUCAAGACCGAGAACUCUCUUUGA